UAUAAAUGUUGACUAAAUUGCUAUUAAAGUCAAGAUAGGCAGGUUUUUGUGGUAAUAAAUGAUGAUUAGACUCAUAGUUUUUAUCAAAAACUCGGUUAACUAUCAUGUAGCCAAUAGCUAGGAUCCUAAUAGCAAAUUCGCAACACCUUAAUUUAAUUCAAAUAUUCUUGAUUUUGAUUAAGAUUAAGAACAUAAUGUUCAAAUGCAUUAUUAUUAAGGUAUAUUACUAUUAUACUAAUAAUUAGGCAAAUUUAUGCCUGAUGAAUUAGAUUGGACAGAUGUUUGGGAAACUGCAUAUUAAAAUUUUACAUAGCCAGAAUAUUUAUAUCAUUUUUGGUUUUGCGGUGUGUUAUAUUGUUUUGAGCCUGAAUGGACAAUAAAUUAUCCAUAUGAAAAAGGUCCACUUUCACCACUUUUUAGAGGUGAACAUGCUUUAAGAAGAUAUCCAACUGGCGAAGAAAGGUAAUUUUAUUAGUAAAUAAAAAGAUGCAUUGCUUGCAAAUUAUGUUAAAGUGCUUGUCCAGCAAGAGCUAUAACAAUUGAAACAGAACCUAGACCAGAUAAUUCAAGGUAUUUUUAUAAAUUUUAAUUUUCUUUAGACGAACAGUUCGUUAUGAUAUUGAUAUGACUAAAUGCAUUUAUUGUGGAUUUUGUUAAGAAGCUUGUCCUGUUGAUGCAAUCGUUGAAGUAAUAUUCAUUUUUAUUAAUUAGGGACCUAAUUAUGAAUAUACAACAUAUUAACAUGAAGAUUUAUUUUAUGAUAAGUUUAAGCUACUAGAAAAUGGAGAUAAAUGGGAACCUUAAAUAGCUAGAAACAUUGAAUAUUUAAUUACAAGAAAAUAUUGAUUAAUUAUUUUUCAAUGAAAAAGAUAAAAUAUUUAUUU